AUGCUGCCCAUUACUGCAUAUGUCUGCCCCUCGCCAAACCCCGGCCAUUGCGCCGGCAGCUCUCGUCACAGCGUGACCGAUCCGAAGCGACCCAAACGCCAGAAUGGCUUGCGCCUUGAGGAGCUCUCUUUGCCGCCUUCGCGCGAUGAGCUGGCCAACUACCAGGACAUGCCCGUCGAUGACCUGCCCGAAACUUACAAGCGCCACAACGACCAGCGUGUGUUUUGCAACCGGAACCUGGACCUGAGCAACAUUGAGUAUUGUGGCUUUGACAUGGACUACACGCUGGCUGAAUACAUUUCCCCGGCUGUCGAGGAGUUGACGUACAGCCUGAUUGUCGAUCGUCUCCUUGAAAUGGGCUAUGACGAGGAACUCAAGCAAUUCCGCUUCAAUCCAGACUUUACCAUUCGAGGCCUGAUUAUUGAUCUCAAACUGGGCAACAUUCUGAAAACGGAUGGCUAUGGCUUUAUCCUGCGCGUGUACCAUGGCAAUCAGCUCCUGCCUUGGGAACAAGUCAUUGAGCGCUACCCUUCCACCUUUCUCUACUCACAUGAGAUUGGCAGCAAGCGCUUCAACGUGGUCAACACCUUGUUUGCACUCCCGGAAACCUCUUUGUUUGCCGACAUGGUCUCUUACUUUGACAACCACGAAAAGUACACCCGCACCGAUGACCACCUUGGUGUUCAGCGUGGCCAGGUCUACCUGUCCUACGAGUCCAUGUACACGGACCUUCGGCACGCAGUCGAUAAGGUCCAUGAAAAGGGCUAUCUCAAGAACGAGAUUGCUGCCAACCUGCCCCGCUACGUGAAGCAGGAUCCGGCUCUUCCUUUGCUGUUGCACCGCUUCCGCCAGGUGGGCAAAGGCUUGUUUGUGGUAACCAACUCCGACUACAAGUAUACCCAGACCAUCAUGAGCUUUCUGUUUGAUGUCGAAGUGCCCGAUGAGUUGAAGGGCAAGUCGUGGAAGGACUACUUUGACGUUAUCAUUGUAUCAGCUCGCAAGCCGGCCUUCUUCUCCGACACGGGUACCGCUCUCCGCGAGGUGGACCAGGAGACCGGCGCCCUCAAGCUGGGCGAAUACACGGGCAGCUCGCCCCACGGGCGUGUCUUUGCCGGCGGUUCUGUUGAGCACCUCAACUUUUUGCUGCAGUGCGAGGGCAAGCGUAUCCUGUAUGCGGGCGACCACAUCUUUGGUGACGUCCUCAAGUCUAAGAAGCUGUCUGGCUGGCGGACUUUCUUGAUCAUGCCCGAACUACGCCAAGAGUUUGAGGGAUUGCGUCGCUCCGCACCGCACUACGAGCACUUGAAGAACCUCGAGUUUAUGUUGGCCGAGGUGUACCGCGGUCUGGCUUCGGACACGCAGGAGCAGCCGAGCACAACCGAGUUGAUUAAGGAUUUGGACAACACGGCCGUGGCCAUAGACGGCAGCUUCAACAAGUACUUUGGUAGUGCUUUCCGAUCUGGCACAAAGCAAAGCCUAUUUGCGCGCCAGUCGCAGCAGUAUGCCGACCUGUACAGCAGCACCCUCCUCAAUCUCAUUCACUACCCUCUCUUUUACAUGUUUAACAGUGCCAUGGACGAGCUACCGCACGAGGGACGUGGGUGGCGCGAGCACCUUGAGAACCACAACAAGAUCAAUCGCCGUUCCCCACAGGUCAAUCGUGCAUAG